AGCGCUGCUGUCCGUGCUCGGAGCAGCGCAGCCGGGGAAGGUUCGGUCCAACGCGGGCUCCGCUUCUCGCCAUGGCCGCCAAGAAGCUGAUCGUGGUGUUCGGAGCCACCGGGGCGCAGGGCGGCUCGGUGGUGCGGGCGCUGUUGGAGGACGGAACGUUCGCGGUGCGCGCUGUGACCCGCAGCCCGGGCAGGAAGGAGGCGGCCGAGCUGCGGCAGCGGGGAGCGGAGGUUGUGCGGGCGGACCUGGACGACGAGCGGAGCCUGGAGGAGGCCAUGGAUGGUGCCUAUGGAGCGUUCGUAGUGACCAACUUCUGGGAGCACUGCAGCAAGGAGAAGGAAAUCGCGCAGGGGAAGCGUCUUGCUGACCUGUCGAAGCACCUGGGUUUGCAGCACGUGGUGUACAGCGGGCUGGAGAACGUGAAGCAGCUGACCAAGGGCCGCCUGGAGGUGCUGCACUUCGAUGGUAAAGGGGUGGUGGAGGAGUAUUUCCGUGCAGUCCAUGUGCCCACCACCACCGUCCGGCUGCCCUUCUACUUUGAGAAUUUCCUCUCCAGCUUCAAGCCCCAGAAGGCCCCGCAGGGAGACAAGCUCUUACUGGGGCUGCCCAUGGGGGACACCCCUAUGGAUGGGAUGGCGGUGGAGGAUUUGGGGCCCGUUGUGCUCAGCCUGCUGAAGUCCCCAGAGCAGUACAUAGGCCAAGUGAUCGGGCUCAGCACUGGCAAGCUGACUGUGGCAGAGUACGCUGCUGCUUUCUCCCAGCAGACAGGCAAGACCGUGGAAGACGCCAAGAUCACCCCAGAGGAGUACGAGAAACUUGGCUUCCCUGGGGCGAAGGAACUGGCCGACAUGUUCCGCUUCUAUGACCUGAAGCCAGACCGCAACGUGGAGCUGACCAUGAAGCUCAACCCCAAGGCCCGCACCUUCCAACAGUGGCUGGCAGACAACAAGGCCGCUUUCUGACCUUCUGUUUUCCAGUCUUUCAACCAAGCUCCUGCAGCCAUAGCAGGAUCCUGGCCACGAGCCAUGAAGUUGACUCUUAGUGCUUGGGGGCUGCUCUGUGCUGAUGGGAGAGGUGGGAAAAGCUUUGUUGCACCUGCAGCCACCCUGCUUGGUAGAGGCUGCUUCCACACAGGUGGGAGAAGUACUUGUUUGCAUAAUGUCUCCAGUGAUUUGGGGUGUUUUCCUGUCUAUGGGUGGUGGCUUAAUUUCUCAGGAUCACUUUUCCUAGGCAGCUCUAUGGUGCACUCAGCUGUCGGCAGCUCUGUGCCCAGAAAGGCAGUGCCUUCUGUCAGGCAUCCCAGGUACCCAGAAGCAGCUUUGGUUUCUCCUUGGACCACACUCAGGCACCACAGGUGAGCCAGCAUCACCCUGGCAAAGAGCUGCCCUUAUUAUCACUGUCAGUGCUGGGGGUACUGAGCUGUGUAACCCAGCAGCUGUGCCCAAUUCCUCCUUCUAGGCAGCUUUCAGCAGCCUCAGCCCGGCCUCUGGGCUCCCAGGGCCAAUUUCAAACACCGCCCUCAUCAGCUGAGUAAAACUUCUGCCAAAUUGCCCAACCUUCACAUUUAAAACUCGUUUUCUAACAGCCUUCCUCACCAUCCCCCAAAGGCAUCACUUAGAUUAGAGCUCUGGGACAUGGCUGCUGUUGUUCUUAGGAGUCAGCUGCAGCCACGAGGCAGGUGCUCUGUUAUCCAUCCUGGCCCUCUGAGCCCUGCUAACAGCCAAAGCAGCAGAGGAAGGAGGUGUGAAGAGUAAACAAGGCAGCAAGGCAGAGCACACGUUAAAUAUCUUUAUCAAGUCCAUCUUAUUUACAUGAAUACAGAAUCACUUUACAGACAGUUUAAUCAGGAGGCAACGCGUGCUUUAUUUCAGCAAAUUAAGGGCAAGACUACGACGUUCUUGUUUAACUGAUGGAUUAGUUUGUGGGCUGAUGGAACCUGCACAGCACAGCACACAGCAGGCUACACUAACCAGGAACAUACUGCAAGAGCUCAGCUCCGCCUGGAAGGAGCGAUCCACUUCCCUCUGCUCUCAGCCAUGUGGGGACGGUGACUUUCUGACCAAUCAUUUGUGCUACGGGUGUCGUGCCAAUGUAAUAAAGUAGUUUGGACAAACUG